AAUCUGAAGACAAUGCUUCUGUAAAUUCAUAUUAAUGAAUAUUUAACACUCAAAUACAUGACAAAACCCCCUUUUUUUAAAGUCUUGUUUUGCUCAGUUUCCCACAGCAGCACUUAAGGUGUAUUUAUUUUUAAGGCUUAUUAUUGUAAUAAAAAGAGGCUUAUAAUAUCAUAUCAUAUACCCACCAUACCAUUAUCACCAGUCAGUCACUACCUCUACCCACCGUCCUACCGUUUUCUUUUCUUUUCUUUUUCUCUUAAUAUUCUGUCUAGAACUCUCCAUUUUCUCUUUUGCUGUCUUUGGUUUCUCUUUAUUUUUCGUCUCUAAAUCUCUGCAUCAUCAUCGAUCAUGUCUCUUUUAUUCUCCCUACUGCUGUUCUUAGCCAUGACUGGCCAUUCAAGUGCUACUUAUUGCUUAUGUAAAGAUGGGUUAGGGGAUCAAGCUCUUCAAAAGGCCCUCGAUUAUGCUUGUGGAGCUGGAGCUGAUUGUUCUGCAAUUCUACAAAAAGGUGGUUGCUAUAACCCCAACACUGUGAAAGAUCACUGCAACUAUGCUGUCAAUAGUUAUUUCCAAAAGAAAGGUCAAGCGCAAGGAAGCUGUGAUUUUUCAGGCACUGCUACUGUUAGUGCCAAUCCUCCUUCAAAUAUUGCUUCUACUUGCAGCUUUCCCUCUAGCACAGGCAUUACCGCACCAACUGGGACAACAACCGGGACACCAACCACCACUGGCUCAACCACUGGGACUCCAAGCACAGUGUUUGGUGGUGCAGGGACAACCUUAGGUCCAACAGGGACAACAGCAACCGGCUUCAAUGAUCAAAGCAAUGCUGUGGGUCUCUUCACAAAGAAUAUAAACUUUUUCUUCACUUUUGCUAUUAUGACCCUUUGGAUUGUAGGGUUAUCUUGGAUUUGAAGAACUUGAAAGUGGGGAUUUUGGGGGAGGGGGGUUUGAUCAGAUUUUGGUAUUGGCUUAGCAAAUAUUAACCAUUGGUGUCUGUGGUGUGCAUGAUGGGAGCAUCUAUUAGUGACGAAUCCCCCCACUAGCACUUUUUCUGUUCUUUUUUUUUUUCACUCUUUUUUUGUAUAUGUAGAGAGGGCACUUUUUUUUUAAUGGAAACUUGGUUAAUAAAAAAGUAAGUGUACUUUGUUGAAUUGAUGUGUAAUGGUGUAUGGACCGUCAAAAUUUUACUGAGAUUUGAUGUGCAAUUAAUGCAUGACCUAAUUGUAGAUUAUAUAAAUUAAUGAAAAUUGUUUACUA